AUGUGCCUGUCAUUAGGGUUGGCAGCUUACCUGAUUCAGGAAGAUGAAGUGGUACUCCAGUGCAUUGCCACCGUUCACAAGGAGCAGAGGAAGUUCUGCCUGGCUGCCGAGGGACUUGGCAAUCGCCUGUGCUUCUUGGAACCCACUUCAGAAGCCAAGUAUAUUCCUCCAGAUCUCUGCGUCUGCAAUUUUGUGCUGGAGCAGUCCCUCUCUGUCAGAGCCCUGCAGGAAAUGCUUGCCAACACAGGUGAAAAUGGCGGCGAAGGGGCAGCACAAGGUGGUGGCCACAGGACCCUGCUCUAUGGACAUGCAAUUCUCCUGAGGCACUCUUUCAGCGGAAUGUAUCUAACAUGUUUGACUACAUCAAGAUCCCAGACAGAUAAACUUGCCUUCGAUGUAGGUCUACGGGAACAUGCCACAGGAGAAGCCUGUUGGUGGACUAUACAUCCUGCUUCCAAACAGAGGUCUGAGGGAGAGAAAGUUCGAAUUGGCGACGAUCUCAUCCUCGUCAGUGUGUCCUCUGAAAGAUACCUUCAUCUCUCAAUAUCAAACGGUAACAUACAAGUGGAUGCCUCCUUUAUGCAAACACUCUGGAAUGUACAUCCUACGUGCUCAGGAAGUAGCAUCGAAGAAGGAUACCUACUUGGUGGGCACGUAGUACGUCUCUUCCAUGGUCAUGAUGAGUGUUUGACGAUACCAUCUACAGAUCAGAAUGAUUCCCAACACAGGAGAAUAUUCUAUGAAGCUGGGGGAGCUGGGACACGAGCCAGGUCUCUGUGGAGAGUGGAACCCCUUCGGAUAAGCUGGAGUGGCAGUAACAUCAGAUGGGGCCAGGCUUUCCGACUCCGGCAUCUCACCACAGGCCAUUACCUGGCCUUGACAGAGGACCAAGGCCUACUCCUGCAAGACCGGGGGAAGUCAGACACCAAGUCCACAGCCUUCUCUUUCCGGCCAUCAAAGGAAAUCAAGGAGAAAUUGGAUUCCAGUCAUAAGAGAGAUAUAGAAGGCAUGGGCCUUCCAGAGAUCAAGUAUGGAGAUUCCGUCUGCUUUGUCCAGCAUGUAGCCAGUGGUCUGUGGGUGACGUACAAAGCACAAGAUGCCAAGACACCCCGGCUGGGACCUCUGAAAAGAAAGGUCAUACUCCAUCAGGAAGGCCACAUGGAUGAUGGCUUAACACUGCAGAGAUGCCAGCGGGAGGAGUCCCAGGCUGCUCGGAUCAUCCGGAACACGACAGCCUUGUUCAGCCAGUUUGUCAGUGGAAACAAUCGCACAGCCGCCCCCGUGACCCUGCCUAUAGAAGAGGUCCUACAGACCCUACAGGACUUGAUUGCCUACUUCCAGCCCCCGGAGGAGGAGAUGCGGCAUGAAGACAAGCAGAACAAGCUCCGCUCGCUCAAAAACAGACAGAAUCUUUUCAAGGAAGAGGGAAUGUUGGCCCUUGUCUUAAAUUGCAUCGAUCGCUUAAAUAUCUACAAUAGCGUAGCACACUUUGCGGGGAUUGCCAGGGAAGAGAGCGGCAUGGCCUGGAAAGAAAUCCUGAACCUCCUCUACAAAUUGCUGGCUGCUCUCAUUCGCGGAAACAGAAACAACUGCGCUCAAUUCUCCAAUAACCUUGAUUGGCUAAUCAGUAAAUUGGACAGACUAGAAUCUUCCUCAGGUAUCUUGGAAGUUUUGCACUGCAUCUUGAUUGAAAGCCCAGAAGCCUUAAAUCUGAUAGCAGAGGGCCACAUCAAGUCCAUCAUCUCCCUGCUGGAUAAGCAUGGGCGGAAUCACAAGGUUCUGGAUGUCCUGUGCUCCCUAUGCCUCUGCAAUGGGGUUGCAGUGAGAGCCAACCAGAAUCUGAUCUGCGACAACUUGCUGCCCCGGAGAAACCUGCUCCUGCAAACACGACUGAUUAACGACGUUACCAGUAUCCGGCCAAACAUCUUCCUGGGAGUCGCUGAGGGCUCAGCCCAGUAUAAGAAGUGGUACUUUGAGCUGAUUAUUGACCAAGUGGACCCCUUCCUAACAGCAGAGCCCACACAUCUGCGGGUGGGCUGGGCCUCUUCCUCAGGCUAUGCCCCAUACCCAGGAGGUGGAGAAGGAUGGGGAGGCAAUGGUGUUGGUGAUGACCUGUACUCCUAUGGCUUUGAUGGACUUCACCUUUGGUCAGGGCGGAUACCCAGAGCUGUGGCCUCCAUUAACCAGCACCUCCUGAAAUCGGAUGAUGUGGUCAGCUGCUGCCUUGACCUUGGAGUGCCCAGCAUCUCUUUCCGCAUCAACGGGCAGCCCGUGCAAGGGAUGUUUGAGAACUUCAACACAGACGGGCUCUUCUUUCCUGUGAUGAGCUUUUCAGCAGGUGUCAAAGUACGUUUCCUGAUGGGUGGACGUCAUGGAGAAUUUAAGUUCCUGCCUCCCUCUGGCUACGCCCCUUGCUAUGAAGCCUUACUUCCAAAAGAGAAAAUGAGAUUGGAGCCUGUCAAGGAAUAUAAACGUGAUGCUGAAGGGGUUAGAGAUCUUUUGGGCACCACCCAGUUCCUCUCCCAAGCCUCCUUCAUCCCCUGCCCCAUAGACACCAGUCAGGUUGUUUUGCCACCUCACCUAGAGAAGAUCCGAGACAGACUGGCUGAAAACAUCCACGAGCUCUGGGGAAUGAAUAAGAUAGAGCUGGGCUGGACUUUCGGCAAGAUACGAGAUGACAACAAAAGACAACACCCUUGCCUUGUGGAGUUUUCAAAACUCCCCGAAACUGAGAAGAAUUAUAACUUGCAAAUGUCAACUGAAACCUUAAAAACCCUCCUGGCCCUGGGGUGCCACAUUGCUCACGUUAAUCCAGCUGCUGAGGAGGAUCUCAAGAAGGUCAAACUGCCCAAAAACUACAUGAUGUCCAAUGGCUAUAAGCCAGCCCCUUUGGACUUGUCUGAUGUGAAGCUCUUACCUCCUCAAGAAAUUUUAGUGGAUAAGCUCGCAGAAAAUGCACACAAUGUUUGGGCAAAAGACAGAAUAAAACAAGGAUGGACCUAUGGCAUUCAACAGGAUUUGAAGAACAAAAGAAAUCCCCGUCUGGUGCCAUAUGCAUUACUAGAUGAGCGUACCAAGAAGUCCAACAGGGACAGCCUGCGUGAAGCUGUUCGUACAUUUGUUGGUUACGGGUAUAAUAUUGAGCCAUCAGACCAAGAACUAGCUGACCCGGCUGUGGAGAAAGUCAGCAUAGACAAGAUCCGAUUCUUCCGGGUAGAGCGGUCUUAUGCAGUGAGAUCUGGGAAGUGGUAUUUUGAGUUUGAGGUGGUGACUGGAGGAGACAUGCGGGUUGGCUGGGCCAGGCCAGGCUGUCGACCUGACGUCGAGCUGGGUGCUGACGACCAAGCCUUCGUGUUUGAAGGCAGCAGGGGCCAGCGUUGGCAUCAAGGGAGUGGGUAUUUUGGGCGUACCUGGCAGCCAGGAGAUGUGGUUGGAUGUAUGAUUAACCUGGAUGAUGCUUCGAUGAUCUUCACACUGAAUGGGGAGCUGCUGAUCACCAACAAAGGCUCUGAACUUGCCUUUGCUGACUACGAGAUUGAGAAUGGCUUCGUGCCCAUCUGCUCUCUGGGGCUGUCUCAGAUCGGCCGCAUGAAUCUCGGGACAGACGCCAGUACCUUCAAGUUUUAUACCAUGUGCGGCCUCCAAGAGGGCUUUGAGCCUUUUGCUGUCAACAUGAACCGAGACGUUGCAAUGUGGUUCAGCAAGCGCCUCCCGACGUUUGUCAAUGUGCCAAGGGAUCACCUACACAUAGAGGUCGUGAGGAUUGAUGGCACCAUGGACAGCCCGCCUUGCCUCAAAGUGACCCACAAGACGUUUGGCACACAGAAUAGCAAUGCUGACAUGAUCUAUUGCCGUCUGAGCAUGCCUGUCGAGUGCCACUCCUCCUUCAGCCACAGCCCCUGUCUGGACACUGAAGCUUUCCAGAAAAGGAAACAGAUGCAAGAAAUACUCUCUCAUACAACAACACAGUGCUACUACGCUGUCCGCAUCUUUGCCGGACAGGACCCCUCCUGCGUCUGGGUCGGAUGGGUGACUCCAGACUACCACUUGUACAGUGAAAAAUUUGACCUGAAUAAAAACUGCACGGUGACUGUCACCCUGGGGGAUGAAAGAGGCCGGGUCCAUGAAAGUGUGAAACGCAGCAACUGCUACAUGGUCUGGGGUGGGGACAUUGUGGCCAGUUCCCAAAGAUCCAGUCGGAGCAACGCAGACCUGGAGAUCGGCUGUCUUGUGGAUCUGGCGAUGGGCAUGUUGUCCUUCUCAGCCAAUGGGAAAGAACUCAGCACCUGCUACCAGGUGGAGCCCAAUACCAAAGUAUUCCCAGCAGUCUUCCUGCAGCCUACAAGUACUUCUUUGUUUCAGUUUGAACUGGGAAAGCUGAAGAACGCGAUGCCCCUGUCGGCGGCCAUAUUCAAGAGUGAAGAGAAGAACCCCGUCCCGCAGUGUCCGCCUCGGCUGGACGUCCAGACCAUCCAGCCGGUGCUCUGGAGCCGCAUGCCCAACAGCUUCCUGAAGGUGGAGACCGAGCGGGUGAGCGAGCGCCACGGCUGGGUGGUGCAGUGCCUGGAGCCCCUACAGAUGAUGGCGCUCCACAUCCCCGAGGAGAACAGGUGUGUGGAUGUCCUGGAGCUCUGUGAGCAGGAGGACCUGAUGCAGUUCCAUUACCACACGCUGCGACUCUACAGCGCCUUGUGUGCCCUGGGAAACAGCCGGGUCGCCUACGCCCUGUGCAGCCACGUGGACCUCUCCCAGCUCUUCCAUGCCAUCGACAACAAGUACCUCCCCGGCCUCCUCCGAUCGGGUUUCUACGACCUGCUCAUCAGCAUCCACCUGGCCAACGCUAAGGAGAGGAAGCUGAUGAUGAAGAACGAGUACAUCAUCCCCAUUACCAGCACCACCAGGAAUAUCCGCCUGUACCCGGACAAGUCCAAGAGGCACGGGCUGCCCGGGGUGGGCCUGAGAACGUGCCUCAAGCCAGAGUUCCGGUUCUCCACGCCCUGCUUUGUCACGACCAGUGAGGAGCACCAAAAGCAGAGCCCUGAGAUCCCCUUGGAGACCCUCAAGACGAAGGCGCUGAGCAUGCUGACAGAGGCAGUGCAGUGCAGUGGGGCCCACAUCCGGGACCCUGUUGGGGGGUCCGUGGAGUUCCAGUUUGUGCCCGUGCUCAAACUCAUUGGAACCCUGCUGGUCAUGGGGGUGUUUGAUGAUGAUGAUGUUCGGCAGAUCCUCCUCCUAAUCGAUCCCUCUGUGUUUGGGGAACAUGGCGGGGAGAUGGAGGAGGGAGCAGAAAAGGAGGAAGUGACCCAGGUGGAGGAGAAGGCAGUGGAGGCUGGAGAGAAGGCCAGCAAGGAGGCUCCCAUCAGAGGCCUGUUGCAGACCCGCUUACCAGAGUCCGUCAAAGUGCAGAUGUGUGAGCUCCUCAACUAUCUCUGUGACUGUGAGCUACAACACCGAGUGGAGGCCAUCGUGGCAUUUGGUGACAUUUAUGUCUCCAAGCUACAGGCAAAUCAGAAGUUCCGCUACGAUGAGCUCAUGCAGGCCCUGAACAUGUCUGCAGCCCUGACCGCUCGGAAGACCAGGGAGUUCCGCUCACCCCCACAGGAGCAGAUCAACAUGCUUCUUAACUUUCAACUGGGAGAGAACUGCCCCUGCCCAGAGGAGAUCCGGGAGGAGCUGUACGACUUCCACGAGGACCUUCUCCUUCACUGUGGGGUUCCCUUGGAGGAAGAGGAAGAAGAGGAGGAGGAUACCUCCUGGAUGGGAAAACUGUGUACCCUGAUGUGUAAAAUCAAAGGCCCACCUGAGCCAGAAAAGGAGCAGCCGACGGAGGAGGAGGAGAGAUGCCCUACAACACUGAAGGAACUCAUCUCACAGACAAUGAUCCGCUGGGCCCAAGAGGACCAGAUCCAGGAUGCAGAGCUGGUCCGGAUGAUGUUCAACCUCCUCCGGAGGCAGUACGACAGCAUCGGGGAGCUGCUGCAGGCAUUGCGGAAGACCUACACCAUUAGCCAGGUCUCCGUGAGCGACACCAUCAACCUGCUGGCUGCGCUGGGCCAGAUUCGCUCCCUCCUCAGUGUCAGGAUGGGCAAGGAGGAGGAACUACUCAUGAUCAACGGGCUGGGAGAUAUAAUGAACAACAAGGUGUUUUACCAGCAUCCCAACCUCAUGAGAGUCCUUGGCAUGCAUGAGACAGUGAUGGAGGUGAUGGUGAACGUGUUGGGGACAGAGAAGUCUCAGAUUGCUUUUCCAAAGAUGGUUGCUAGCUGCUGCCGCUUCCUUUGCUAUUUUUGUCGAAUUAGCCGGCAGAAUCAGAAGGCCAUGUUUGAGCAUCUGAGUUACCUGCUGGAGAAUAGCAGUGUUGGCCUAGCCUCCCCGUCGAUGAGGGGAUCCACUCCGCUGGACGUGGCCGCUUCCUCUGUGAUGGACAACAACGAGUUAGCGCUGGGCUUAGAGGAACCAGACCUCGAGAAGGUGGUGACCUACUUGGCAGGCUGUGGCCUGCAGAGCUGCCCCAUGCUUCUGGCCAAAGGAUACCCUGACGUCGGCUGGAACCCCAUUGAAGGGGAACGCUACCUGUCCUUCCUGAGGUUUGCCGUCUUCGUGAACAGUGAAAGUGUGGAAGAAAACGCGAGCGUCGUGGUCAAGCUGCUCAUCAGACGCCCAGAGUGCUUCGGCCCAGCCCUGCGGGGUGAGGGAGGAAACGGCCUCUUGGCAGCCAUGCAGGGGGCCAUUAAGAUCUCUGAGAACCCGGCGCUCGACCUCCCCUCUCAGGGAUACAAGAGGGAAGUCACGGAAGACAAUGAAGAGGAAGAAGAAAUUGUGCACAUGGGCAAUGCAAUUAUGUCAUUUUAUUCGGCCCUUAUAGAUCUACUGGGCCGCUGUGCUCCUGAAAUGCACGUAAAUGGGUCAGUCAGCGAGCCAGACAUGGCAGCCAACUUCUGCCCUGACCACAAGGCACCCAUGGUGCUGUUCUUGGACCGAGUUUAUGGCAUUAAGGAUCAAACUUUUCUGCUGCACUUACUAGAGGUUGGAUUUUUGCCUGACUUAAGAGCCUCUGCCUCUCUAGAUACAUCCAUGUUACAGCAACUCCUGCGACGUCUUGUUUUUGAUGUGCCACAACUCAAUGAAUACUGCAAAAUGCCUCUCAAGCUUCUGACGAAUCACUAUGAACAGUGCUGGAAGUAUUACUGUCUGCCUUCAGGGUUGGGGGGCUAUGGCCUCGCUGUGGAAGAAGAACUGCACCUAACCGAGAAGCUCUUCUGGGGGAUUUUUGACUCCCUCUCCCAUAAGAAAUAUGACCCAGAUCUUUUCCGAAUGGCUCUGCCUUGUCUCAGUGCUAUAGCUGGGGCCUUGCCACCAGAUUAUUUAGAUACCAGAAUCGCAGCCACAUUGGAGAAACAGAUCUCGGUGGAUGCAGACGGCAACUUUGACCCCAAACCUAUCAACACCAUGAAUUUUUCCUUGCCUGAAAAAUUGGAAUACAUCGUCACCAAGUAUGCUGAGCAUUCACAUGAUAAAUGGGCCUGUGACAAGACUCAGAGCGGGUGGAAGUAUGGGAUUUCCCUGGAUGAGAAUGUGAGGACCCACCCACUGAUAAGGCCUUUCAAGACAUUAACGGAAAAGGAGAAGGAAAUUUAUCGCUGGCCUGCCAGGGAGUCCCUGAAAACCAUGCUGGCUGUGGGCUGGACUGUGGAGAGGACCAAAGAGGGGGAAGCUUUGGUUCAACAGCGGGAAAAUGAGAAGCUUCGAAACGUGUCCCAGGCCAGCCAGGGCAACAGCUACAGCCCUGCUCCCCUCGACCUCUCGAACGUUGUGCUCUCCAGAGAACUCCAGGGCAUGGUGGAGGUCGUGGCUGAGAACUAUCAUAAUAUCUGGGCCAAGAAGAAAAAGCUGGAACUGGAGAGCAAAGGUGGUGGCAGUCACCCUCUUCUGGUGCCAUAUGACACCUUGACUGCCAAGGAAAAGUUCAGGGACCGAGAGAAGGCACAGGACCUGUUUAAAUUCCUCCAAGUGAAUGGUGUUAUAGUUUCUAGAGGUAUGAAGGAUAUGGAGCUGGAUGCCUCCUCCAUGGAAAAGAGAUUUGCCUAUAAGUUUUUGAAGAAGAUCUUGAAAUAUGUUGAUUCUGCUCAAGAGUUUAUUGCCCAUUUGGAAGCCAUUGUCAGCAGUGGGAAAACUGAAAAAUCUCCCCAUGACCAGGAGAUCAAAUUCUUUGCCAAAGUCCUCCUCCCACUGGUUGACCAAUACUUCACCAAUCACCGCCUCUACUUCCUGUCGUCCCCUCUGAAGCCCCUUAGCAGCAGCGGGUAUGCCUCCCAUAAGGAGAAAGAAAUGGUGGCCAGCCUAUUCUGCAAACUCGCAGCUCUUGUAAGACACAGGAUUUCCCUAUUUGGGAGUGAUUCUUCCACAAUGGUGAGCUGUCUUCACAUCUUAGCUCAGACACUUGACACAAGGACUGUCAUGAAGUCGGGCUCAGAGCUGGUGAAGGCUGGGUUGCGAGCAUUCUUUGAAAAUGCUGCAGAAGACUUAGAGAAGACUUCGGAAAACCUGAAGCUUGGAAAGUUUACCCAUUCCAGGACGCAGAUUAAAGGCGUUUCACAGAAUAUUAACUAUACCACGGUGGCUCUGCUGCCCAUCCUGACGUCCAUCUUUGAGCACGUCGCUCAGCAUCAGUUUGGGGUGGAUCUGCUCUUGAGCGACGUGCAGAUUUCAUGCUACCACAUACUGUGCAGCCUCUACUCCCUUGGGACAGGAAAGAACAUCUAUGUCGAAAGGCAACGUCCUGCCCUUGGAGAAUGUCUGGCCUCACUGGCAGCUGCCAUACCAGUGGCAUUCCUGGAGCCCACCCUUAACCGCUACAAUCCACUCUCAGUCUUCAACACCAAAACCCCCAGAGAGAGGUCUAUUAUGGGGAUGCCAGACACGGUGGAAGAGAUGUGUCCUGACAUCCCCCAGCUGGAAGACCUGAUGAAGGAAAUCAAUGACCUAGCCGAGUCAGGGGCCCGGUACAUGGAGAUGCCACACGUCAUCGAGGUGGUCUUGCCCAUGAUCUGCAACUACCUGUCCUAUUGGUGGGAGCGGGGGCCCGAGAACCUGCCCCCCAGCACAGGGCCCUGCUGCACCAAGGUCACCUCUGAACACCUCAGUCUCAUCCUGGGCGACAUUCUGAAGAUCAUUAACAACAACCUGGGCAUCGAGGAAGCCUCCUGGAUGAAGCGCAUCGCAGUGUACACCCAGCCAAUCAUCAGCAAAGCCAGGCCUGACCUGCUGAGAAGCCACUUCAUCCCGACUCUGGAGAAGCUGAAGAAAAAGGCCGUCAAGACCGUGCAGGAGGAGGAGCAGCUGAAAGCCGACGGCAGAGGGGACACCCAGGAGGCGGAGCUCCUCAUCCUGGAUGAGUUCGCGGUCCUCUGCAGGGAUCUCUACGCCUUCUACCCCAUAUUGAUCCGCUAUGUGGACAACAGCAGAUCUAACUGGCUGAAAAGCCCUGAUGCCGAUUCUGACCAGCUCUUCCGCAUGGUGGCAGAGGUCUUCAUCCUGUGGUGUAAAUCGCACAACUUCAAGAGGGAAGAGCAAAAUUUUGUGAUUCAGAAUGAAAUAAAUAAUUUGGCAUUUUUGACUGGCGAUAGCAAAAGCAAGAUGUCAAAAGCCAUGCAAGUAAAGUCUGGAGGACAGGACCAGGAACGGAAGAAGUCAAAGCGAAGGGGAGACUUGUAUUCCAUCCAGACCUCCCUCAUAGUGGCUGCUCUCAAGAAAAUGCUGCCCAUUGGUUUGAACAUGUGCACCCCAGGCGAUCAGGAGCUGAUCUCCCUAGCGAAAUCACGCUACGGCUACAGGGACACAGAUGAAGAGGUCAAGGAACAUCUGCGGAAUAACUUGCACUUGCAGGAAAAGUCUGAUGACCCGGCUGUAAAAUGGCAACUGAAUCUCUAUAAGGAUGUUCUGAAGAGUGAAGAACCUUUUAAUCCAGAAAAGACAGUAGAGCGUGUGCAGAGAAUUUCAGCAGCUGUCUUCCACCUGGAGCAGGUGGAGCAGCCUUUGAGGUCCAAGAAGGCUGUCUGGCACAAAUUGCUGUCAAAGCAGCGGAAACGGGCUGUGGUGGCCUGUUUCAGGAUGGCCCCUCUCUACAACCUGCCCAGGCACCGCUCUAUUAACCUCUUCCUCCAUGGCUAUCAGAGAUUUUGGAUAGAAACAGAGGAGUAUUCCUUUGAAGAGAAACUAGUUCAGGAUUUGGCUAAAUCUCCCAAGGUGGAAGAGGAGGAAGAGGAAGAGAUGGAAAAGCAACCUGACCCACUUCAUCAGAUCAUCCUCCAUUUCAGCCGCAAUGCUCUCACAGAGAGGAGCAAAUUGGAAGACGACCCUUUGUACACCUCCUAUUGCAGCAUGAUGGCCAAGAGUUGUCAGAGUGGUGAGGAUGAAGAAGAGGAGGAAGACAAGGAAAAAACUUUUGAAGAGAAAGAGAUGGAGAAACAGAAAACUCUCUAUCAGCAAGCUCGGCUGCAUGAGCGUGGUACCGCCGAGAUGGUCCUUCAGAUGAUAAGCGCCAGCAAAGGUGAGAUGAGCCCCAUGGUGGUCGAGACUCUGAAGCUGGGGAUCGCCAUUCUGAAUGGAGGCAACACUGGUGUGCAACAGAAAAUGCUAGAUUACCUCAAGGAGAAAAAGGAUGCCGGAUUCUUUCAAAGCCUUUCUGGUCUUAUGCAGUCUUGCAGUGUCCUUGAUUUGAAUGCAUUUGAGAGGCAGAACAAAGCUGAAGGCCUGGGGAUGGUGACUGAAGAAGGAACGCUCAUUGUUCGUGAGCGUGGUGAAAAAGUCCUCCAGAAUGACGAGUUCACGCGUGAUCUCUUUAGAUUCCUGCAGUUACUUUGUGAGGGACAUAACAAUGACUUUCAGAACUUCCUGCGGACUCAGAUGGGCAACACCACCACCGUGAACAUCAUCAUCAGCACCGUGGACUACCUUCUUCGUCUGCAGGAAUCAAUCAGUGAUUUCUACUGGUAUUAUUCAGGGAAGGACAUCAUUGAUGAAUCUGGACAGCACAAUUUUUCCAAAGCUCUGGCAGUCACCAAGCAGAUUUUCAAUUCCCUUACAGAAUACAUCCAGGGCCCUUGUGUCGGGAACCAGCAGAGCCUGGCUCACAGCAGGCUGUGGGACGCAGUGGUCGGCUUCCUCCAUGUGUUUGCUAACAUGCAGAUGAAGCUUUCUCAGGAUUCCAGUCAGAUCGAGCUGCUGAAGGAACUCUUGGAUCUCCUUCAGGACAUGGUGGUGAUGCUUCUGUCCCUCCUGGAAGGGAAUGUGGUAAAUGGAACUAUUGGCAAGCAGAUGGUUGACACACUGGUAGAAUCAUCUACCAAUGUAGAAAUGAUCUUGAAAUUCUUUGACAUGUUCUUGAAACUUAAAGACUUAACCAGCUCAGAUACCUUCAAAGAAUAUGACCCAGAUGGGAAAGGGAUUAUCUCCAAAAAAGAAUUCCAGAAGGCCAUGGAAGGGCAAAAACAGUACACACAGUCAGAGAUUGACUUUCUCCUUUCGUGUGCAGAAGCUGAUGAGAAUGACAUGUUUAAUUACAUCGAUUUUGUGGACCGGUUCCAUGAGCCGGCCAAGGACAUAGGGUUCAAUGUGGCAGUGUUGUUGACAAAUCUUUCUGAACACAUGCCAAAUGACUCUCGCCUGAAGUGUCUGCUGGACCCGGCAGAAAGUGUGCUGAAUUACUUUGAACCGUACCUAGGAAGGAUCGAGAUCAUGGGUGGGGCCAAGAAAAUCGAGCGUGUUUAUUUUGAGAUCACUGAAUCCAGUCGGACUCAGUGGGAGAAGCCCCAGGUGAAGGAAUCUAAGCGACAGUUCAUUUUUGAUGUCGUCAACGAAGGUGGGGAGCAGGAAAAGAUGGAGCUGUUUGUGAACUUUUGUGAGGACACGAUCUUCGAGAUGCAGUUAGCAUCUCAGAUCUCUGAAUCCGACUCAGCAGACAGGCCGGAGGAGGAGGAUGAGGAAGACGCUAUUUACACAUUAGAAAUUGAAGGUGAAGAGGAGGAAGACAAGUGUUUUGAGUCUGCCUCGGCAUUUGCCAUGGCCUGUGCCUCUGUGAAAAGAAGUGUCACCAGCUUUCUAAAGAAGGCCACCCUGAAGAACCUCAGGAAGCAAUACAGGAACGUGAAAAAGAUGUCUGCAAAGGAGCUGGUGAAGGUGUUCUUCUCUUUUUUCUGGACUCUGUUCCUGGGGCUCUUCCAGCUGUUCUUCGGCAUAUUGGGAGGGAUCUUUCAGGUCCUGUGGAGCACAGUGUUUGGAGGGGGCCUAGUAGAAGGGGCAAAGAACAUCAGAGUGACCAAGAUCCUGGGUGACAUGCCUGACCCGACCCAAUUUGGUAUCCAUGAGGAUGCUGUGGAGAUGGAGAGGGCAGAAGUGACCGAGCCAGGGAUCACAGCUGAACUGGCCCACUUCGUAAAGGGUGAGAAGGGAGAUGCAGACAUGAUGCCAGACCUCUUUGGACUGCGCCCAAAGAAAGAAGGUAGCUUAAAGCAUGGGCCCGAAGUGGGUCUGGGUGACCUCUCUGAAAUUAUUGGCAAGGAUGAAGCUCCCACGUUAGAGAGUACUGUACGGAAGAAAAGGAAAGCACAGGCAGCAGAGAUGAAAGCAGCACAUGAAGCAGAAGGAAAAGUAGACUCUGAGAAGGCAGACGCGGAAGAUGGAGAAAAAGAGGACAGAGCCAAAGAGGAGGAGCAAGCCGAGUACCUGUGGGCAGAAGUGACAAAAAGAAGGAAGCGACGGCACGGUCAGAAGGUUGAGAAGCCAGAAGCCUUCACGGCCAAUUUCUUUAAAGGGCUGGAAAUCUAUCAGACCAAGCUACUGCAUUACCUGGCCAGGAAUUUCUACAACCUGAGGUUCCUUGCUCUGUUUGUAGCCUUCGCUAUCAACUUCAUCCUGCUCUUUUAUAAGGUCACUGAAGAACCUUUAGAAGAAGAGACAGAGGACGUCGCGAACCUGUGGAAUUCCUUUAAUGAAGAGGAAGAGGAGGAAGCGAUGGUGUUCUUUGUUCUGCAGGAGAGCACUGGAUACAUGGCACCCACACUGCGGGCCCUGGCCGUCGUCCACACAAUCAUCUCUCUAGUCUGUGUGGUGGGCUACUACUGCCUGAAGGUCCCUUUGGUGGUAUUCAAAAGAGAAAAAGAAAUUGCCAGGAAGCUGGAGUUUGAUGGCCUGUAUAUCACAGAACAGCCAUCUGAAGAUGACAUCAAGGGGCAGUGGGACCGCUUGGUGAUCAACACACCGUCUUUUCCUAAUAACUACUGGGACAAGUUUGUAAAGAGAAAGGUGAUCAACAAGUAUGGAGAUCUCUACGGAGCAGAGCGCAUUGCUGAACUCCUGGGUUUGGACAAAAAUGCCCUUGACUUUAGCCCAAUAGAAGAGACCAAAGCAGAGGCAGCUUCUCUGGUGUCAUGGCUAAGUUCCAUCGACACGAAGUACCAUAUUUGGAAGCUGGGGGUUGUUUUUACCGACAACUCCUUUCUCUACCUUGCCUGGUACACAACCAUGUCAGUCCUGGGCCACUACAACAAUUUCUUCUUUGCUGCUCAUCUACUGGAUAUUGCCAUGGGCUUCAAGACACUGAGGACUAUUCUGUCAUCUGUAACCCACAAUGGCAAACAGUUGGUUCUGACCGUCGGUCUCCUGGCUGUGGUGGUUUAUCUCUACACUGUGGUCGCCUUCAACUUCUUCCGCAAGUUCUACAACAAGAGUGAGGACGACGACGAGCCGGAUAUGAAGUGUGACGACAUGAUGACGUGUUACCUUUUCCACAUGUACGUGGGCGUGAGAGCAGGAGGCGGCAUUGGCGAUGAAAUUGAAGACCCUGCUGGUGACCCUUACGAAAUGUAUCGCAUCGUCUUCGACAUUACCUUUUUCUUCUUUGUCAUUGUCAUCUUGCUGGCCAUCAUUCAAGGUCUUAUUAUUGAUGCUUUUGGAGAGCUAAGAGAUCAGCAGGAACAAGUGCGAGAAGAUAUGGAGACUAAAUGUUUCAUCUGUGGGAUCGGCAAUGACUACUUUGACACGACCCCUCAUGGUUUUGAAACACAUACAUUACAAGAGCACAACUUAGCCAACUACUUGUUCUUUCUGAUGUAUUUGAUUAAUAAAGAUGAAACAGAGCACACGGGUCAGGAAUCUUAUGUCUGGAAGAUGUACCAAGAAAGGUGUUGGGAUUUCUUCCCGGCUGGUGACUGCUUUCGUAAACAAUAUGAAGAUCAGCUUGGCUAAAUCGGAAUGAAAGAUGCGCCAGUCAACUUCAGUGAAAUAAAAUCCUUUUACAGUUCUGCGACAUGUUUGACGUUUUCUACAUGCCUCCCUUACAAGAAAGUGUGCCGUUUUGAAAUUGAUUGGCUUUUUGUGCCUAAUGGACAUACGCUGUGGGAGAGAACCCGUCACGAUGUUUAAAAAGAUGGCAAAGAAUGAAGGAACCUCUCCUUGAAUGCCUGCCUUCAAGUUUUUCAGUUCUAAUUAACUAGUUGGUUGGGAUGGUGGCAUAAUAGCUGAAAUGUUAAACACUUGGAUGUUAAGGACAGUAGCCAACUAGUGACUCAUGGUCUGAACUACAAAAAAUCAUUUCCAGUCUAAUUUUUCCCAUGGUACUUACUAGUGACUGUAUCUAGUGACUGUAUCCAGAAUCAGCUUGAAAAGGUUUUAAGCAAAGAAAUAGGAAGAGAAAAAAAAACUAACACUUUGUCGACAAUGAAAUAUCGAUUAAGUGCCUUAUCUCUUUAGAUAUAGCUAUGCAAGUUUUUUAUGUUUGUGUUCCAGAAGGACAGUUCCAUUAAUUAGUUGUGUUGAUCUUCUGUCUUACUUUAUGAAACUGCACUUGAAGGUUAUUCAUAUUAUUAUUACUUUUUUAGUAACAGCUUGUCAACUGCUGUUAUUAGAAGUACUGUACUGAAAAUUCAGAAAAAAAUCUCAAUCUUAUGCCAAAACUGAGUAAUGCUUUAUGGUCUCUUGUAAGUAGUGGCGCUAUGUUUAGGUGAAUUUCCUCAAAUAAAAUGAAGUGCCCACUGCAAUAAAGUAAUACACACCAAUCCACGGUUUGGGACUUCUUGGAAUGCACCACUCUGUGACUGCUGGGGAAAGGGACGUAAGACCCCCGGCUCUGCACAAGAAAGAGAAAAUCCGUAGACCAGUGUUUGUUUAGUUUGGCCAAACGUUUGCAUCUAUUCCCUGCAGCAGUGCCUGCUAUGCUGUGAACAUUACCAGGAAGGAGGCUAGAAACAAGAG